AUGGCAAAUACGAAAAGCGACGGAAAAAUCGGCGUUAUCAUGGCCCGAAAUCUUAGCUACGGCUUGGACGACACAAUGGCUACACGACAGGAAAGUAUGGUCAACAAUGAGUUUUGUUCGGAUGUGACGUUCAUCGUUGGCGCUAGCAAAAAGCGCAUCUACGCACACAAGUUGUUCCUGGUGAUGGCGUCCGAAUACUUCUACGUGAUGUUCUUCGGCAACUUUGUCGAAGCAAACCGGCACGAGGUGACGCUCGAGGACGUCGAUCCGGACGUGUUUCUUGUGAUACUGCGCUACAUCUACUGCCGAAAGGUGGAUAUCACGUUCGACAACCUGCGCGACAUAUUCGACUGCUCGCAGAAGUACAUGCUGACGGAUUUGCAUCAGCAGCUUGGGUGCUUUCUGCGGGACCAGGUCGAGGAGUCGACGGCCCUGUCGAUCUUUAACAUCAACCGCUACUACGGCUACCCGACGGUAGACGAAUCCUGCCUGGAGCUGAUCCGCAACAAUCCGCUGUACUAUUUCAAUCACGUCGAUUUCGCUACAACUCACCGGGAAUCCCUUUUUAAGAUAUUCUCCUCGUGGGCGAUUAACUGCACUGACGAUCAGCUAAGCAGCGCGCUCGAUAUAUGGGAGGAGGCAAACCGGGAGGAGGACACGCAGGAUCUGCGUAUGAUCGUGAAGCUGAACAAGCGGUAUCACAACUGUCUGAAGCUGAUCGUGUUCGGUCAGAACAUGACGGACGUGUUUGUGGAACCGGCCGACGAUCUCAAGCUGGGCGUCAUGUCGGAUAUGCCGCUGUCCCUGUACGGGCUCGGCGUGUACCUGCUGUCCAAGGCGAACGUCAUAUCGGUCGAGUUGAAAAUCUACGAGGAGGACACGGAAAUCAGCUCGGAUGUGUUCGAGUGUCCGAACCCGUGCAUUAGCACGGUGCACGUGGCGGAUCUGUUCUUCGAGGAGGUCGUCCUGAUGCCGCGUAAGAACUACCGCAUUUCGAUCAACAUGUCGCCACCGUGCAAGCAGGUGUUGCUGCGCGAACCGCGUACCUAUCACGAAAAGAUUCGGCUCGUUAUACUCUGCCCACCGGGCGACCGUAAACCGAUCGGGAUAGCGCACGUCUACUGCAACGAGCGCAGCCGUGAGCCGAAGAAAAAAUGA